UUCUUCUUUAUUUUCUCACUUUACAAUAAAAAUGAUUGAAUUAUCCAGCUUUUUAAUACCCAACUCAGCUGGUCGUCAUAUCAACCUACUUAAUGACAACAAUCAUGACUUUCAACCACCGGAUUCUCGUUCCGACGUGAUGAAAACAAACUCACAAAAGAUUAUCAGUGAAGAUGGAAAACGCAGGUAUGCUUGUACUGCACCUGGUUGCAAUAAAGUAUUCACUACAAGGUAAAACAUAUUUAACUACUUACAAAUGAUUAAACUAUGAUUUAGCGGUCAUUUGUCAAGACACAAUCGUAUUCACACAGGGGAAAAGAACUUUCCAUGUCUCUUCCCAGGCUGUCAAUCAAGGUUCUCUCGUCAGGAUAACAUGAUGCAGCAUUACAAAACACACAUGUCGAUAAGGACAAAAAGAAGAAAAUCGCCUGUAGUGACAGACAUUACGUAUCUAAAACCAAAGUUAUAUGCACAUCAUGAAAUUGAUUCAAAUUCUCUUGAUCGUCCAUUGACCAUUGAUCAGCAUUUACAUGUAUACCGCAUAAAUAAGCAAGUACAAAACCAUCCCUUGAAAUACAACAUGCCUGAGCCCUUAAGCUCAGUGGCUGCAGAGCGUGUGUCGAGACGUAUGAGUAUCAAACCAGAUGAACAGCCAUCUACUAGUUUACAUCAACAAAAGAAAAAUUUAAGUAGGCUGACAUUCUAUGAGCAUACCACUCUUAGCUAUCACAAGGAGCUGAGUAAGCUUCCUUAUCCGUUCACUCUCCUACAUCCAGAUAAAAAACAAGAUGUACAGCAACAAAAAGAUCAUUAUGUAUCACCUGUACUAAACAAGCGUGCUAGAAACGAGUCACCUCCAAAGGAGCACCACUCAGAGCAAACGCAAUUUAUACCACCUACAUUUAGCGGAUCUCAUUUGGCAUACAUAACAAGUACACUUGAUUAAGACACGUAUCUAAUAAACAUACAUCAAAAGAUUUAUAAAU